AUGGCGUCAAACGUAGCCGCAGAAAGCAAACGGGCUACGAAUCUAAACGCCUGUGCUGUUUAUGGCAGAGUGCCAUCGGUCGGGAUGGAUCGGACAAGAAUCACGUUUUGCACAGACGUAGACAAAUCUGUGAUCGUACACAACUUCGAAAAACGUGGCUGGACGCAGGUUGGUCCGGAGGAUGAUUGGAAUUUUUAUUGGGCUGUUACAUUAUCCUGCAGGAAUAUUUUCAGCGUUGAAAUUGGAUACAGGAUGGAUGAUAUAUAUAUAUAUAUUAAUAAAAUCAUUAAUCACUUCCCAAAUCACUAUGAGCUUACGCGCAAGGAUUUACUGGUAAAAAACAUCAAGCGAUACCGGAAGGACUUGGAAAGAGAGGGAAAUCCAUUGGCAGAACGCGAGGAAGGUCCAGGCAAAUAUUUGUACCUCGACUUCAUACCUGUCACUUUUGUCUUACCAGCUGAUUACAAUAUGUUCGUGGAAGAAUAUCGCAAGUCUCCGCAGAGCACCUGGAUCAUGAAGCCAUGCGGCAAAUCGCAGGGUGCCGGGAUAUUUCUUAUUAAUAAGCUAAGCAAGCUGAAGAAGUGGUCACGCGAGGCAAAGACACCAUUCAAUCCAAACUUGACAAAAGAAUCAUAUGUCAUAUCCAGAUAUAUCGACAAUCCGCUGUUAAUCGGCAGCAAGAAAUUCGACCUCCGAUUGUACGUUCUCAUCACGUCAUUUCGACCGCUUAAAGCGUAUCUCUUUAAAUUAGGAUUCUGCCGAUUUUGCACCGUCAAGUACGAUACCAGCGUUCAAGAGCUCGACAACAUGUACGUGCAUCUAACAAAUGUGUCCGUGCAAAAGCAUGGCGACGAGUAUAACAGCAAGCACGGCGGUAAACUGAGCGUGCAGAAUCUGCGUUUAUACUUGGAGAGCACGCGUGGGAAGGCGGUUACAGAAAAGCUGUUCGCCAACAUCUCCUGGUGCAUCGUGCAUUCGUUGAAAGCGGUAGCUCCAGUGAUGGCAAACGACCGACACUGUUUCGAAUGCUACGGAUAUGACAUCAUCAUCGAUAAUAAGUUAAAACCAUGGCUGAUCGAGGUAAACGCCUCGCCGUCUCUUACAUCCACGACAGUAAAUGAUAGGAUCUUGAAGUAUAAAUUAAUCGACAAUAUCAUAUCGGUGGUUCUGCCUCCGGAUGGUAUGCCCGACGUGAAAUGGAAUAAAUUACCUUCGCCAGAAGCUUUAGGUAACUUCGAGUUAUUGCUCGAUGAGGAAUUGGCAGUUCAGGACGAGAGGGAGAGUUCAUCGAGCAAGUAUCGCGGUUCUUCUCUUAACAAAUGGAAAUAG